AUGGAUUUCGGGCCAACAGUUUACUACCCUUGGUCUAAUUUUUGUGCUUCCUCUUCAUCUGAAGGAUAUAAGACGAUGAUUUGUGCGAAAAGGGCUGCCCAGUUGAAAGCGGCCGCUAGAGGGAUCCAGGACAAGCACCCUGAAGCCACUUUAAGCUUUGGGCCCAAAGGCGUUUGGGUUGUUUUAGCACCACACAUUGAUGCCCUGAUCAUCACCUCAGAGAUCGAAAGUUAUAUCAAGGGAGCUAGCCGGCAAGCUAUCGUCCAAUCGUCGAAGCACCAUUUGAAGAGGUUUGGAACCGCGACACAGAUCUCUACGAAUUUGAUGGAGACGAAACUAAGCUCUCUAUUCCCACUCUUCUACCACUUCAACCUCCAUAAGUACUUUUUGGUCAUCCUUCUUUUCCCUCUCCACAUCUCCACCACAAAUAACACAAGUUAG